UCUUCACUGUUACUGCCAGACACCGGUCUUUGCACUUUUGCCACAUGGUGAGGGUGAUGCAAGAACUGUAGGAAUCUGCGGCAAUUUUAUGCAAUAUUUGUGGUAUUUAAAGACCUACCAACUUACCCAGUAGCCCGACAACGAUGGAAGAUAUGGCGGAGCAAGCACAGAAUAUGACAAUCGGUGAACUGUACACCUCUGAGAAGGAGGGUAAUGAUGACUCAGGUGAUGGUACCCAGGGGAAACCCUUCAAGACUGUCUUACAGGCCAUCAGACAUGCAGGAAAAGAGCCAUUUCCGUCCAUCUUGGUUGAUGGAAAGAAAGAGGGACAGAGAUGGGAGCCAGUUUCUCAGGCCCAGCUGAAGAAACAGAAGAAGAUCUGGCAGAGGGAACAGCACAAGGCUGCUGACAAGGAGAAGAAGGAGGUAAGACUGGAAAACAUCAAAAUAUUGCAAGUACUAAAUGUGUAG